CAUCACACGACACAAGAUGGCAUCCAACAUGAGUAGCUCGCUUAUUAUGCGGAUUGUGUCUGCUUCUGUGGCAGUAUCUAACCGUGCCAGCCAAAUUAUUAGAGAGGUCAUGAAAAAAGGAGAUUUAGGGAUUAUUGAAAAGGGCAAGAAUGAUUUUCAAACAGAAGCUGAUAGAUCGGCUCAGAGAUGUAUAGUGGCCUCUCUCCACAAGCAGUUCCCUAAAGUGUCUAUAUUUGGAGAGGAAGGCGAGACCUUUGUCUUAGAUAGAACGAGACUUCAUAGACCACACUUUGCUUUUCCUACAAUCUCUACACCUCUUUCACCAAAACAGAACAUCUGGACGCAACUAGGACCAGAAAAGAUUCCAGCCGAUUUUAUAGAACUUGGAUUUAGUGAGGAUGUACUGAAGCAUGACUGUCCAAAAUUCUUAGAAGAUGUUAAGGAUGAACAGAUUGUGAUUUGGGUAGAUCCUCUUGAUGGCACCGCUGAGUACACACAAGGUUUCUUGGACCAUGUGACAGUUUUGAUCGGCAUUGCUGUAGAUGGACAUGCUGUUGGUGGCGUAAUCAAUCAACCAUUUUAUAACUAUCAGGAAGAGGACAAGGUGAUGGGCAGGUGUAUCUGGGGAGUAUGUCAACUAGGAGCUUAUGGGUUUACCAGGGAGGUGCUCCCCGAGGACAAACUGAUUUUGACAACAUCUAGAUCUCAUUCCAACAGGAUGGUAACGGAGGCUGUGGAGGCUCUUAAUCCUUCUGAAGUUGUCAGAGUCGGCGGUGCUGGUCAUAAGGUUCUGCUGUUGAUAGAAGGUAAGGUCCAUGCAUACAUAUUUGCCACUAAAGGCUGUAAAAAGUGGGACACCUGCGCCCCAGAAGCAAUUCUACAUGCUGUUGGAGGAACACUCACGGACAUGUUUGGUAUUACAAUGUCAUACGGACCAAAUGUUAAACGAUUGAAUGCUGGUGGUGUGCUGGCCACAACAUCUAACCAUCAGUACUUUGUAAGCAAAGUUCCCGAGCAUGUCCUGGAAAACUUAGAGAAAAGUGAAUCUCCCGAACCUUUAGCCGGGGGCAUAUGUCUAAGGGGAGAUAACAAAGGCUGCCUCGGGGAAGUAAGGGAAGAAGAACAGGAAAUAGAACAGCAAACAGAACAGAAGAUGGAACAGCAGGUGGAACAGAAAGAAGAGCCAUCUCUAAGUCCAAAGGGCAGUGAAUCUCCGUCCAGUGAUACUGGGAUAGCCAGGGAAAACCUUGACACUAAAUUGUAGUCAUUUAUUUAUCAGGGACACAAGUUUACACAAUGGACAAAAGUAGCUGUGAUCAAUUCUAGUUCUGCUCUCGCAGUAGUGUUUCUGACUCUAGAUUCAAAAUAUACCUUUGACUAGACUUUGUUUACCAAUGUUUUUAACAUAGUCUUAUUAAAGGGAACAUUUUUGAAACCAGUGCCAGAUCCAAUUAUUUAAUGAAUAGUUGAUUUAUUUGUAUCAAGUACAUCAUUGGAGACUACAUACAAUUUACUUGAACAGUAUUUAACAUAGUGAUAGAUAGAUUUAUUGAUCAUGUGCUUUCUAACUGAACACAGUACAUUAAUAGUAAUCAUACUUCAGUUUUGUUUUUCAGUUAGUAUAUUGGUAUAUGAUGUACAUAUAUAAUGUUUAGAAAAGUAUAUUGGUAUAUGAUGUAUAAUAUUUUGAAAAAAAAAUAUUGUUUUAUCAGGAUUUUAUUAUUCUGGUCUUAAUUUAUUCCAAAAUUGAAUUUCUAGCAAAUGUCAAAGUUAGGAUUUUUAUCUUGCUGAAAGACAGGUUUCUAGCAAAAAAUGGAAAACAAUAUUUUGUAUAUUUAAAAAAUUGAGGAUUUUCUAGAAUGAAAUUAAAUUGUAAAUUUCAUAUAUUAAGCUUGUAGGAAUUCAAAUCAAUGAUCCACAAAAAUUCUUAUCUUUGAAUUUCAAAGCAAAUUAAAGAAUUUUGUUAUUGUGUUAAGAAUAAGAAGCUUGAGGACAGAAAGUAUUAAUUAUAUAUAACCCUGGCAAUGUUAAGCUUUAUACAGUAUAUUUUAAACAGAGAAUAUUUGGUAAAGGGAUAUUUCAACCAUACUUGGUUAUCAUUGACACAAAGGUAACAGGGAGAAUAGUACUAAUGACUUACCGCAAUGUAUCUGUAGUACCAUCGAUUAACCUAAACAGCAAUCCACCAUUUCUAAUACAUGUACAUUAUUUACGAUCUAGAAAAUACAUUUUUGAUUUAGUAUGUAUUGUUUUUAAUUACUUUUUUGGAAGUGAUAUUUGUAAUUUUAUCAUUUUGAUACUUUAAGUGUAACUUGCUGUUCUUGCUCUGUGAAGGUUUAAUAUCAGAUUACAAAAAUAAAGAAUUGAUAUCAUGUCAGUGAUGAACAGUAAUUGAUAUCAUGUCUGUGAUGAACAGUAAUUGAUAUGUCUGUGAUGAACAGUAAUUGAUAUCAUGUCUGUGAUGAACAGUAAUUGAUAUCAUGUCUGUGAUGAACAGUAAUUGAUAUCAUGUCUGUGACGAACAGUAAUUGAUAUCAUGUCAGUGAUGAACAGUAAUUGAUAUCAUGUCUGUGAUGAACAGUAAUUGAUAUCAUGUCUGUGAUGAACAGUAAUUGAUAUCAUGUCUGUGAUGAACAGUAAUUGAUAUCAUGUCUGUGAUGAACAGUAAUUGGUAUGUCUGUGAUGAAAAGUGUUAUCAAUGUCUGUGAUGAACAGUAAUUGAUAUCAUGUCUGUGAUGAACAGUAAUUGAUAUCAUGUCUGUGAUGAACAGUAAUUGAUAUGUCUGUGAUGAACAGUAAUUGAUAUCAUGUCUGUAAUGAACAGUAAUUGAUAUCAUGUCUGUGAUGAACAGUAAUUGACAUCAUGUCUGUGAUGAACAGUAAUUGAUAUGUCUGUGAUGAACAGUAAUUGAUAUCAUGUCUGUGAUGAACAGUAAUUGAUAUGUCUGUGAUGAACAGUAAUUGAUAUCAUGUCUGUGAUGAACAGUAAUUGAUAUCAUGUCUGUGAUGAACAGUAAUUGAUAUCAUGUCUGUGAUGAACAGUAAUUGAUAUCAUGUCUGUGAUGAACAGUAAUUGAUAUCAUGUCUGUGAUGAACAGUAAUUGAUAUAUCUGUGAUGAACAGUAAUUGAUAUCAUGUCUGUGAUGAACAGUAGUUCCUAUCCAUUGCAUUUUUGUUCAGACGCAGCGGAAAAGAUUGACUUGGUACAUGUAUCACACACAACAUAAACAUUAUUAAGUUGUUGGUGUUUUUUUUUUUUUUUUUUUUUAAUCUGUAGAGUAUGAUGCCAAACGUUAUACACUACUGAUCAUUCCACUAUCUUCAUCUCGUUACAUUGAGUUGUGCUUUCAUGCUUUUAAAAUAGAAUAUAAAGACAAUUUAAUUGUUUUCCUCAUGAAUACAGCUUCUUUUUGUAAUAUAUGCAGCAGAUUAUUAUACAAUAUUUUUGUUUUCUUUAACAUGUAUCAAUUCUGCCAUAUUUUUCGUAGUAAUGAAGUAUGACUUAUUUGUCAUGGGAAUACUUAUAUGUUAAAUACCUUCCAUAUACAAUAGUGUGCUCUAUCAUUUGAGGAAUUUAAGAUACAUUGUUGAAGAUGAAAAUGUAAGUAAUUUACUAUCUAUUAUUCUGUUUUGAAGAUUCUUGUAAACAUGAUCAUGUUAAUUGAAUUUAGAGAACACUGUUAGAAUAUUGAUGAACAAUAAGUUUUACUUAGAUUGUAAACCAUUGGAGCAAUAACUGUUACCUACUGUAUUUAUACAGCGAUAUGACAUGCAUGACGGUUGUUAUAUAUUAGUACAAGAUUAGCUGUAUAACAAUCAGAAAAGGAAACGUUAGCAAUUUGAGGGACCAGUAAUUAUAUACACUGUAUGUGUAGAUAGUUAAAUACUGGUUAGGUCUCUAACGAUUUUCUUUGUUUUUUUGAUUUAGUACUUUCUAUAGUUUUUGUCCUUAAUUAUCUGUUAGUGUCAAUGAUGUUUUAUCUUCUGUUGUUAAGAAGACAGUAGCGUUUUAUUUUGAUGAAGAUGUUACCUCUAAUCACUGAUUGCUUCUAGAUUAUCAGAAUGUUAGAACAAUUACGGUAAGUUUUGGUUCUGUUUUUCUGGAAAAAGAAACUUGGCCAAAUAUACUGAAAUACAUGUACUUAUAUUUUCAUGUGUAAUUUUAUUUUUUCAGCUGUAUUAAUGAAAUUUAGUCUCCAACUGAAUUUGAUUUCUAUGUUUGCCAUAUAAUUAUGUUCUUUGCUGUUAAUUAUCUACAUUUCUAUUGACAUUCCAAUCACAUUGUUCAUCAAUACAUGUAGAUUGUAUUAACAAAUUUUUUCUUGGCGCCAGCCAGGAGAUGUAUCAAAACCACCAUAUAUACCGGUAUAUAUCCAUUAUUCACAGGAAUAUUCUUUCAUCAGUCAAACUAUAUUCCAUAAUAGUGAUAUUAAUUUACUUAUAGUUUAAUUGCUUAAAGCAAUGUCUUCCAUCCACAAUCACCGUUGUUAUUUUUCAGUCACAAUUUCUACAUAAAUCAGCAUGCAUACAUGUGUACAAUUCUGUAUACUUCUGAAUCAGAAGGAAACAAUAAAAUUAAACUUUCUUUUGUGUUCAUGGCCUGAAGAACAGCAUCUAUGCCACCAAAAACAAAUGCUUGGUUUCAAUUUGUAUUAGCUUUUAUUUUGCUUAUAGAUGUUUCUAUUUGUGAAAUGGUCAUUUAACAUAUCAGUUGUAAUUUUGUUGUUUAACAUAUCAUUUCUGAUUUUGUCAUGUUAUCUUUCAUUUCUUCAUAAGACCUUUUCUCUUGCUCAGAUGAAAUUAUAAAGUUGCCUUUAUUAUAAUUCUGCUGAUGAAUAAUUUGGUGGUGCUUUAUGUGCAUUAUGUAUGAAUUAUUUGGAUGUCACUGAGUCAGGUUAUCAAAUAUUUACCAAAGCAACAGAUUCAUAGAUAUUGUGAAUAUGUCUCCCAUAUAUGACAACAUUAGUUAGAAGUAAUUUUUUUUUUCAUGGAUCUUUAAUUCAUAAAACGUACAGAAAUUGUUUUGUUGUUCAUCUGGAAUCAGAACAGCAAUUAGCUGUUUGGUUUAUACUAAUGAAUCAAAAUAUCCAAUGCUGUCCUUGUCCGUAGUGUAAUUCAGAAUAGUUACAAUUCUGUAUGGAAAAAUAAUGCAAAUUCUUAGGGUAAUGCAAGCUUCUAGAAGUUGACAGUUGUCAAUCUUUAGAUACAUCUUUAUAUUAUAGAACUUUUUUUUGCAAUUUUAUAGUCUGAAAAGUUCAUUUGUACUAAAUUACCUUCGUUAUAGGUUUUAUUAAUAAUAUGCAUUUAAUUAAUAGGUGUUAAUUUAUUUGAAGAUGAACAUUAUUUUCUGUGUAAUAUGGCUGCCUUCGAUACCUGUGUAUACUGUUCCAUACAAUAAGAUCCACCGAACGUUUUCACCAAACAUCUUGCACACCAGGUUUUGGCUUGCAUUAUCACAUAUAUGGAACUUGUUGUUAUUGCAUCGAUUACUUUCUGUGAUUAUAGAUAUAUUGAGAGAAGAGAUCACUGCCAUUUUGUAAUUUGAUCAUAUGACCUGACAUCAAGCUGCACAGGUGUCGAAAAAUAAAAUACGGUAUGCCUACCACACUUUCCUGUAAAAUUCAAUGAUUUAAAAUCUAAAUGACUUGCUGGAAAAUUGUAUCAAUUAUUAUAUAAACACUGAUAAUAUUCGAAAGUUCUAAAAAAAUUAUGCAGCAAAUGAAACUCAAGAAAUCUGAAAUUAAUGUUUCAUUUGUAUAAUGUAUCAUUUUCACCUAAACUUUCAUUGUGUUAAGAUAUAUUUGUAUUUAUCGUGUAUAUGGCUCAUAUAAUCAGCUCGGAAUCUUUAUUUUUGUUGUAAUUAGAAAGAUAGUAUGUAUAUGAAACUAAAUUGUAUGCAAUCAUUAGGUUUAUUUACUAUCUGUUGAAAAUAAAGAUAUUGCCUUUGUCUAUAUC